UCUGCUCCUGCGCGCUGUCACGUUCCACGACCAACAGGCACGGAAUUCCAGGGAGGAAGUCACUGAGAGUGGGAAGCGAACAACAACUCAAAGGGUGCCAAAAACACAGCGUAGCAGACGAAUACGGCCAUUCCUCAUUGAGAGAAGUAAAAACAUCUAACUUUGGGAUUAUGGACUAGAGGCGCCCCGUGGUUGCAGAUGGAGGCGGCUAGAAGUUGGGUGUUUGUCGGGGCCGUGCUGCUCGGAGUGACGGGCACGUUGGGCAGAGAAGUGUGCCUGGGUACAGACAUGAAGCUGGCCCUUCCCUCCAGUCUGGAAAACCACUAUGAGACCCUGAAACUGCUCUACACCGGCUGCCAGGUUGUCCAUGGCAAUCUGGAGAUUACACACAUUCAUGGGAACCCUGACCUCUCCUUCCUACAGGGGAUCGUGGAGGUUCAGGGCUAUGUACUUGUAGCUCAUGUGUCAGUGAGUCUGGUGCCUUUGGACAACCUUCGGAUCAUUAGAGGCAGCCAGCUGUACAACUCCAGCUACGCCCUGGCUGUGCUGGAUAACACUCUGAACGGACAGGGGCUCAGGACGCUCCGGCUUCGUAGCCUCACAGAGAUCCUGUUGGGUGGGGUGUAUAUAUGGGGGAACCCCCAGCUGUGCUUUCCAGACCCCCAGAACAUCACUUGGAGGGACACUUUGGACGAGCAGAACAUCCACGCCAAGCUGCACCGACUACAGGCUCGGGCCCCUAAAUGUCCAGACUGUUUCUCUGCAUGUGGAAGUAGCUGCUGGGGGGAAACUGCACAGGACUGCCAGACCUUGACCCAUAUUAAAUGUGCAUCUGGCUGUCAGCGGUGUAAAGGUCCACUUCCCAAUGACUGCUGUCACAUGCAGUGUGCUGCUGGAUGUACAGGACCCAAAGACUCAGACUGUCUGGCUUGCCGACACUUCAAUGACAGUGGUGUGUGUAAGGAAAACUGUCCUGGGCCCACAAUCUACGACUCUGUCACCUUUCAGACCCAACCCAACCCAAACAAGAAGUUCAACUUUGGAGCCACCUGCAUCAAGACGUGUCCUUAUAACUAUCUGGCUAUGGAAGUGGCCUGUACUUUGGUUUGUCCCAGAGACAACCACGAAGUUAUCAUCACGCAUCCUGAUGGCAGUGAGACGCAGAAAUGUGAAAAGUGUGAAGUAGACUGUCCCAAAGUUUGUUACGGUCUGGGUAUGGACAACCUCGGCGUCAUGGACAACAAUGGCAUCACCAUGGUAACGUCUUCUAAUGUGGAUCAGUUCAACAACUGUAAGAAGAUUUUUGGUAGUCUGGCCUUCCUUCCUCAGAGCUUUGCAAGGGACCCUGUGACCAACACAUCAGGCCUGACCCUCAAGCAGCUGAGCAUCUUCAACACACUGGAGGAGAUAACAGGUUAUUUGUACAUUGAUGCCUGGCCAGAAGAGUGGACUGACUUGAAGGUGUUUGAGAACCUGAAGGUGAUCAGAGGCAGGAUGCUCUAUAAGGGUGUGUUUUCACUUGCCGUCCAGAAUCUACACAUCCAGUCUCUUGGGCUGCGUUCACUACGCAGCGUCAGUGGAGGUUUGGUGUUGUUGCACAACAAUUCCCAGCUGUGCUACACCAGCUCACUGCCCUGGCAGAGUCUCCUACAUCCCACCCAGGGACCCCACCGCAUUGUCAGCCACAACCAGGACCUCGACCUCUGUGUGAAACAGGGGCGUGUUUGUCACAGACUGUGCGAGGGGGGCUGCUGGGGCCCAGGGCCCAGCCAGUGUGUGUCCUGCAAGACUUUCCGACGCGGCACUGAGUGCAUAGAGCAGUGUGACAUCUAUCAAGGGUCUAUACGAGAAUACACAGAUGGAUCAUUGUGUGUUGCCUGUCACGCAGAGUGUCGACCUCUCAAUGGCUCUGCUUCCUGUCAUGGUCCGGGUGCAGAACAUUGUGCAGAGUGCCGAAGCUUCCAGGAUGGUGAGUCCUGUGUGGAUCACUGUCCCAGUGGUGUGAAGGAGGAUCAGCUAACUGUGUGGAAGUACAGCAAUGCUACAGGACACUGUCUGCCAUGCAACACCAACUGCACACUGUCCUGCACUGUGAUGGAUGAGAGAGGCUGCCCCAUUGAUACCAGGACAGGCCCGGGUACAACCAUCGCAGCUGCAGUGGGUGGGGUGUUGCUUUUCUUCAUCUUGCUGGCUCUGCUGGUCUUCUACCUGAAGAGACAGAAGAAGCUGAAGAGGAAGGAGACAAUGAGGAGGCUCCUGCAAGAACAUGAGCUGGUGGAACCUUUAACACCCAGUGGUGCGUCACCCAAUCAGGCUCAAAUGCGUAUUCUGAAGGAGACAGAGUUAACAAAACUCAGGGUGCUGGGCGCAGGGGCCUUUGGUACUGUUUACAAGGGAGUGUGGGCUCCUGAUGGGGAAAAUGUGAAAAUUCCAGUUGCCAUCAAGGUAUUGCGAGAGAACACUUCGCCAAAGGCGAAUAAAGAGAUCCUCGAUGAGGCCUAUGUGAUGGCAGGAGUGGCCAGCCCCUACGUGUGUCGUCUGCUGGGGAUUUGUCUGACAUCCACGGUCCAGCUGGUCACCCAGCUGAUGCCGUACGGUUGCCUCCUGGAUUACGUCAGGGAGAACAAGGACCGCAUCGGCUCCCAGUUCCUUCUCAACUGGUGUGUCCAGAUCGCCAAGGGGAUGAAUUAUCUGGAGGAAGUCCGGCUGGUCCACAGAGAUUUGGCCGCCCGCAAUGUUCUGGUUAAGAAUCCAAACCACGUGAAGAUCACCGACUUCGGCCUGGCCCGUCUACUCGAUAUAGACGAGACUGAAUAUCACGCUGAUGGAGGGAAGGUGCCAAUUAAAUGGAUGGCUCUAGAGUCUAUUCUGCACAGGAAGUUCACUCAUCAGAGUGACGUCUGGAGCUAUGGGGUGACUGUUUGGGAGCUUAUGACAUUUGGUGCUAAACCGUACGACAUGAUCCCAGCGAGAGAAAUCCCAGAUGUUUUAGAGGGAGGACAACGGCUCCCCCAGCCCCCCAUCUGCACCAUUGACGUCUACAUGAUCAUGGUCAAAUGUUGGAUGAUUGACCCAGACAGCCGACCGAGGUUCAAAGAUCUGGUGAAUAAUUUCAUUGCCAUGGCCAGAGAUCCGCCUCGCUAUGUGGUCAUUAAGAACGACGAACAGAUGGGCAUGUUAGUGGACAGCCAGUUCUACAGGACUCUUCUGGAAGAGGAAGGGAGCAAUAUAAGGAAUAUGCUGGAUGCUGAAGAGUAUCUGGUGCCUCAGCCAAAUCACUUUCCCGGGACUCAGGGAGAUGGGGGUCAAGCCAACGGACCAUCAAGACACCAGUCAUACAGGCAGAGCAGAGAUCAGGGCUUGGAUGUUGAGCCCUCCGUUGCCAGUAGCUCUCGAAACAUGCACUCCUCGCUGAGCGCUCUUGGCUGCAGCCAGUACCCAACCUUACCUUUAGGAGCAAGCACCUCCAACGGCCUGUGGACUCCUCAAUACACAACGCUGGCUCGCAGCCCCUCAACCGGGGGCCAAUCUGACUCGGUCUUCCUGGACGGGCCUUCGGACGACCCCUCGCUGCCCCCGGCCAGCCCUGGACGCUACUGCAAAGAUCCCACGUACUCCAAUGGGAGCCAGAGUGACCUGGAGACAGAUAGGCCAAAUGGCUUUCAUCAUCCUAAUCACCUUCAUCACUCGCUACCAAGACGGAGUCAUGGGAAGAAUCAUAAUCAUGCCUUACCAGAGUACGUUAACCAGGAGAUUCAGGAUCUCAGGCCAGGGAUCUCCGAGCGACCCAGCACACUGCCUCGUAAAGGCUCCAGAGUAGACCGACGCCUAUUUAAUGGCCUGAGCUCCGGUCACAGUGUGGAUAACCCUGGAUACUUGGUCCCCGCGAGUGCCGGGGCCUCCACCUCUCCAGCCUUUGACAACCCUUACUAUCUGGACCUUGCGGCCAAAGCCAAAGCUGUAGCCGGGGCUUCAGCACCAGACGGCCCCGAAGCCCUGGAGCGAGACGAAAGAGUGCCCAGGCAUGUGAACGGGUUUAUGACCUCCACAGCAGAGAAUCCAGAGUAUCUGGGACUAGCGGACACCUGGAGUGGAUAUACUUGAAGAUGGUGACUGGGAAGUAAUGUGAUGUGAUGCUUGAUGUGAGCAAGAGAAAGGGAAGAUGAAUAUUUGCGUGAUGGAAAUGAGCUGGGUGUGUGAUUUAAUAUUGGGAAUAGUACAUGCAUGUUGAAGUGAGUCUUCUCUCGAUAUCGAGCGAAACAUCCAAGGUUGUCCUGCAAAAGUCACCCAGUUGUGACGCAGCAUGACUCGACACAGUGUAGCAUUAAUCUUGUGUCUAUGGCAUCAUUUGUAUUCCUGUCUUCCUCUGAGCAAUCUGCGCUCUCUAUGUGUUAAGUGCCAAAAAAGAAGUUCACUCAGCUUCGGUUUAUAACCCAGUACUUGAUAAGCAAAGUUCAUGUUUGUCAAAACCGAUCAUGGUACGAGAAGGGUCUGAUCAUCACAGAAUCCAACAUUUGACUGGAUUAAUGAAUGCUGAUUUUUUUUAUGUUGAUUUUCUUUUAAUGUCUAUGGUUGUUACUACUACAUGUGAAGCAUUUUUUUUUUGUAUUUCCUUCAGUUCCCUUGUGCUACUCAGCCUAUCUAAAAAGAGAAAAACAUACAGAACACUUUGACAAAGUGAACCAUGAUGUGCAUUGAAGGUGAUGUUUAGUAUUCUGGUCACUUUCUCCCCGACCUGAUGGGGGUCUUCAACACAUUCAAAGCCAUUUUGUUUUGGCCAGAGAAGGCCCUGCAGCCCAUCUGGCCAGUAGACAUGCUCCCUGAAAGAAAGGCAUCCUGUAUGGAGAAGACAGAGGCAUUGUGCCACACUGAUGUAUGCGGUUGUUAGUGUCUGUGCCUGCAGCUACUUUGUGGUACAGCAGAUGAAAUACGAGGUACUAGCAGACUUUUGAAGCUGCAAAAAUCUGAAACAUGGUGUUUUUGUUUUAAAGUGUACUGGUAACUAAGUUAGAGCCUACCUUUCAGGGAUUUACAAAAAGAGGGAAGAGCAUGUGCAUUUUAAAUUAUGCACAAUGCACUACAUGUUAGGACACUGCAUAUGUCCCCACCAAGCUCACACUGAGCCUUUUGGUUUUGGUGGCCUUUCACUGUGCAAGAAAGCACUACAAGCUAUUGGUGAGUGUAUUCCACAAGAAGUGAAUAAUUUGCAUGCUUGUGUUUUUGUGUGUGCAAUGCACUAGACACUGGAGCUGAAUGUGAACCUCAGGAGGCAAAAAAACAUCACUCUACUCGGUUUGGAUAAUCAAUGCAUGGCUCAGAUUCCACUCAGCAAGAACACACUGGCACCCCAGUUAAUAAUCAACGGCAUAUUUUUGUGAGAGUGUUUUUUUCAUGUUAACUGGUGUUGGGCUGGGGGAGGUCAAAAACAAGUCAAUGGAACCAUUGUAUGACUCUCAUGUCCUUGUUAGAAAGUCAGCGCUCUCCCAACUCGCACGUCUCAGCGACUGAUGUUGUCACAGCUUUGUCACAGAGAGAAAUAGUUUUUCUCUGCAGAGGUUUGGAACUCAGCCGCAGCAUGUGGUUCAGUCUUUGGGGCUUGAAAUCCUGCACAAGCAUUGAAACAAUUGACUCGGUUGUUGAAAUGUCUACAAUCCUCCAUCAACUCCGCAUCAGUUCUUCUCUUUAGGAAAUGUUCUUUUCUCAUGAUAUUCUCAUACGGGUUUUGAAGAGUUUGUUCUACGAAAAAAAUCUCAAAAAAAAAUUAUACUGAUUUUAUAUAACAAUUUCCUACAUAAAAAUAACAUGUUUUUAUAAAAACAUGUAAUGAUUUUAUUUUAAUACCCUCAACUAUUAUAUACUAACAUUGUUUUAAAUGGAUUUAUUAUUGAGUGAUAACAGUUUUUUCAUGUUUAUAUAUAUAUAAUGAAUAUAAAGUUUUAGAAUGAAACCCUUCAUAUUUUGUCAGGUGAAGACCUCAUAUCUCCAUGAAGUUAACUUUCUAGGAGAAAAGCAGGCUUUAGAUGGACUAAAAUGUAUUUUUGCAUUAGUUCUGUGCUAUUUUAAAGGGGCUUAAAAAACAUCGAGAAGCUUAUAACUUAGAAUUUAAAGGUGCGCCUUUGACUUUUUUAUAUUAUCCAAUAGCACCAUUUAAUCCUUCAGAUUUCCAGAAGAACAUCAACUAUAAAAUGUGAGGAAAUUUGGGGGUGCUACCCGGGGUUUCAACUGAAAUAAAUAACUACCUACAUCACCUCUGCUGGAGAUACAAGGUUUUCACAGGAUUAUAACGAACACGGAUGUUCUCGCUUCCUUACGAAUGUGAUAUUUCUCCUGGAUAUUAUGAGACCACGGCCUUAUAUACAAUCACAAUUAAUGUACUGCUGUUUACACUGUAGUGUCAUUUUGUUGAAAAUGUUCAUUUUAGUCUCAUGUGCCCGACGAAUUACCCACGAAUCUCACAGGUGAGGGACUGCCAGCUUUCCUCCUUAAAACCAAAUGUGUUCUUUCUGUUGGUCUUUUUCUUUGACACAAUUAUUUCGAUAUAAAGCUGUUCUCUUGUACUAAAAGCAGAACAGAGCCCGAGGACUGGCACUUGUGGCUUGGUGGUUUAUAGUAGCACUUUAUAUCUCCUGCUAUUCUCUCUGUUAAAGUGUUCUCGGGCAAAAUGCUGAAUUGUGAUCACCUUAUUGAUUAAAAUCAGUUAAAUGUCGAAAAGUAAAUUGAGGAGAAGUGUAAACUGAAUGAAAAUGGACCCUGUGGUUGUCAAACAUCUACAAAGUAGAUUAAAGUGUGUUAAAGUCUCAAAUGUGACCGAAGCAAGAAAUCCUGCAUUUUCUUAUCUAGGAGUUGAGCCCAAGAGGGAGUGUGCUAAACGUUUUAUAAAAUAAUGAAAUAUCUGUAAUUGACAUUUUGAAGAAAAUGUAUCAUUUGUACUUCUUGUGUGCACAGUUUUUUACCUUUCACAGUUUGUGUGAUUGUGACAGGACAUGAAUAAUAACCAUUUUAUUGGGAGUUUUUUAAUGCAACCUUUCCUAUUUGGUCAGUAAGUCCCAUAAUGUAAAUGUGUAGUGUAUAUAUGAAUAAAAACAAUCACUUUGGUAGCUAAUUUGAUUGAAUACAUUGUGACCAGUUGCUCUACUGUGGAGGGAGGGGGUGGGUGGUACAUGCAUAAGAAAUUAUUUUAUGAAGAAAUUGUCAUUUUUAUAUGGAAUUGUUUGCAUACAUCAUGUGUGUCAUUAAAAGCAUAUAAAACCC